UCCGCGCGCAGGCGCAAUUCCUGGCUCCCGGCAAGUGAUCCCGGCGGGCGAGCGACGCUGGCCCUCUCAGUCAGGUCCCGGUGUGCCCGCGUGCUCUGGACUCUCACUCCGCAGCCUUUAGGCUCCCGGACCCAGCUCGGCUGCGCACACGUUCCCCGGCGGCAGGACGAUGGCGGAGCGCGGGGAACUCGACCUGACCGGCGCCAAGCAGAACACCGGCGUGUGGCUAGUAAAGGUUCCCAAGUACUUGUCACAGCAGUGGGCUAAAGCCCCUGGAAGAGGUGACGUUGGCAAACUGCGGAUCGCCAAGAGUCAAGGUAGGACUGAGGUGUCGUUUACCUUGAUGGAGGAGCUUGCAAACAUUCAGGACCUCGGCGGCAAGCCGGCUUCGGUGAGCGCUCCUAGAGAGCAUCCAUUUGUCUUGCAAAGCGUCGGGGGACAGACUUUAACGGUGUUCACUGAGAGCUCCUCGGACAAAGUCGCGUUGGAAGGAAUCGUGGUACAAAGAGCCGAAUGCCGACCUGCUGCCAGUGAAAACUACAUGAGACUAAAGCGAUUGCAAAUUGAAGAAUCCUCCAAACCGGUAAGGCUGUCACAGCAACUGGACAAGGUUGUAACGACCAACUACAAGCCAGUUGCUAACCAUCAGUACAAUAUUGAAUAUGAGAGGAAGAAGAAAGAAGACGGAAAGCGAGCUCGGGCAGACAAACAACGUGUUCUAGACAUGCUCUUUUCAGCCUUUGAGAAACAUCAGUAUUAUAAUCUGAAGGACUUGGUGGACAUCACAAAACAGCCCGUGGGUUACCUGAAAGAAAUCUUGAAAGAAAUUGGUAUUCAUAAUGUGAAAGGGGUCCACAAGAACACCUGGGAGCUGAAGCCAGAGUACAGGCAUUAUCAAGGGGAAGAAAAGAGUGACUGAGCAGACCCUGUCGUUGGUGGAGCCGCUGAGGGUGACACUGAGCGGCCGGCUCAGCUCACUGAACACCCGGGAGCGCCAGAGUGAAAUACUGGUUCUUGAUCUCCUCUCAGUAAAAUUCUUAACCCUAUAACUCCAUAAAGUUUCUUAA